UGCUGGAGCAGUCGAAGUGUUCGGAGGUAUAAUUCGCGUGUCCCGUUUCGAUUAAAGUUUUAGUGUGAAAAAUAUCACUAAAAUCCCCAAGAGGUAUCAAUUUUUUCGAACAAAGCUCGAACGAAUCGUAUUUUUAGUGAUCCAACCGGUGAAAAGCUUUCGAAAGCACCCCUUCCGGCUUUGGGGGGUGGCCCGCGGUAGCACCCUUAUUUGUCAAUAAGGAUAAAAAGGAGAGCCUCGCGUUCUUUUUCCGGUCGCCCGUCGCGCCGUCGUAUGUUUCGCGUAGCACCCGAUUUUACUGUUUAGAGAAAGAAAACUGUAAUCUUAAAUCUCCCUCCGGGGGAGAGAAAAGGACCUGAAAAAGUGAAACCGACUGAUUUAGUGUUGUGAGGAUUCGCGUCAAGUGAUUGAUAAUUUAAUUGGACCAAACUCCCUAGUGAACCCGAGCGGGAGCGUUUCGCAAUGACUUUUUGCCGUGCGGCGACAAUGUUCGCGAUAUCGUGUGUAGUGCUGUUAAGUAGCUUCAAUUGCUUAAAUGUGGUUGGAGCGGGCUCCAAAGUGGACGACUCGAAGGGGCCGGUUUUCCUGAAAGAACCCACCAAUCGCAUUGAUUUUUCCAACUCGACCGGAGCCGUCGUGGAAUGUAGUGCCACCGGAAAUCCUCCGCCGGAAAUGAUCUGGAUUCGUAGCGAUGGAACGGCCGUAGGUGAAGUUCCCGGAUUACGUCAAAUUCUGUCCAACGGUAAUCUGGUUUUCCCACCGUUCCGCGCCGAGGACUACCGCCAGGAUGUGCACGCCCAGGUCUACGCUUGUAUGGCCAGAAAUCAGUUCGGAUCGGUCAUUUCGAGGGAUGUGAAUGUGCGCGCUGUCGUUCAGCAACAUUACGAGUCCGAGGUUAACAACGUUUACGUUAUUCGUGGCAACGCGGCUAUUCUGAAGUGCUCGAUCCCUUCGUUCGUUUCGGAUUUUGUCUCUGUAGUCUCGUGGAACGACGACUCGGGCAACGUGUACCGAUAUCUUGGCAACGAUAGCCAUUCGGACGAGCUUGAAAUCGAUGGCAAAUACAUGGUUCUCCCAUCCGGUGAGCUGCACAUCCGUGAAGUAGGCCCAGAAGAUGGUUACAAGAGCUACCAGUGCCGAACUAAGCACCGGCUGACCGGUGAAACUCGCCUUUCGGCCACCAAAGGACGUCUCGUGAUCACAGAACCACUUGGUAGGGUGGCUCCCAAGCUAUCUUCAACUUCCAAGAUCCUUACGGUGGAAUCGAGGAUCGGAAAAACGAUAGCGAUGGUAUGCCCCGCUCAGGCAUUUCCGGUACCAGUGUUUAGAUGGUACAAGUACAUCGAGGGAACUACCCGAAAGCAGGCCGUAGUGCUGGACGAGCGCGUCAAGCAAGUCUCCGGAACACUGAUCAUUAAGGACGCCGUCGUAGAUGACUCCGGAAAGUACCUGUGCGUUGUCAACAAUUCGGUGGGAGGCGAAAGUGUGGAAACCGUGCUGACCGUUACCGCUCCGCUAGCGGCCAAGAUUGAACCACGCACCCAAACGGUUGAUUUCGGUCGUCCGGCAAUGUUCACCUGUAAGUUCUCCGGCAAUCCGAUCAAAACCGUUUCCUGGAUGAAGGAUGGAAAAUCUCUGGGUCACAGCGAUGCCGUGCUGCGAAUCGAGUCGGUGAAGAAAGAAGACAAGGGCAUGUACCAGUGCUUCAUCCGCAACGAUCAGGAAAGUGCCCAGGCUAGUGCUGAAUUGAAGCUGGGAGGACGAUUUGACCCACCCGUGAUCCGUGAAGCAUUCCCCGAGGAAACUCGUCACCCAGGACCAUCCGUAUUCCUGAAGUGUAUUGCUGGAGGAAACCCAACACCGGAAAUCUCCUGGGAACUCGACGGAAAGAAGAUCACCAACAGCGAACGCUACCAGGUCGGACAGUACGUAACCGUGAACGGAGAUGUUGUUUCGCAUUUGAACAUCAGCUCGAUUCACUCGAACGAUGGUGGUCUGUACAAGUGUACCGCUAGCAGCAAGGUUGGUGUGGCGGAACAUUCGGCCAAGCUCAACGUGUACGGCUUACCUUACGUGCGCACUAUGGAAAAGAAAUCGAUCGUUGCUGGGGAAACACUGAUUGUAACCUGUCCCGUCGCUGGAUAUCCGAUUGAUUCGAUCGUGUGGGAAAGAGACAACCGUCAGUUGCCGAUCAACCGCAAGCAGAAAGUAUUCCCCAAUGGAACCCUUAUCAUCGAGAAUGUUGAGCGAAAUUCUGACCAAGCUACCUACACAUGUGUGGCUAAAAAUUCCGAAGGAUACACCGCACGAGGAACGCUUGAAGUUGCUGUUAUGGUGCUGCCACAGAUAGUGCCGUUUAGCUUUGGCGAUGAACAGGUCAAUCAGUACGACAUGGUAUCGACUAUGUGCACCGUAAACAAGGGUGAUAUGCCAAUCGAUGUAAGCUGGGAGUUUACUUCUCUGCUCGACCAGCGAACACCUCGGAGGCUGCAUACAAGUGACGGAAUUCUUAUCAGUCGAAGUAGUUCACGGAUCAGUACAUUGAGCAUUGAUUCAGUCAGAGACCGUCACGGUGGGAACUACACUUGCCGAGCGAAAAAUCAGGCUGGUUUCGUAGAGUUUACUGCUAUUCUUUCUGUUAAUGUUCCACCAAGAUGGAUUCUCGAACCGACCGACAAGGCUUUCGCACAAGGCUCUAACGCAAAGGUCGAAUGCAAAGCCGAUGGGUUCCCGAAGCCUCAAGUCAGCUGGAAGAAGGCCAUCGGUGAUACCCCCGGAGAGUACAAAGAUCUUCGUUCAAAUGAUUCGAGCAUUCGCGUAGAAGAAGGUUCGCUGUUUAUUAGCAACAUUCAGAAAUCGAACGAAGGCUACUAUCUGUGCGAAGCGAUUAACGGUAUAGGAUCGGGUCUCAGCGCGGUCAUCCUCAUCAGCGUCCAAGCUCCGCCAGAGUUUACCGAAAAACUUCGCAACCAAACCGCACGACGAGGUGAGCCAACUGUCCUGCAAUGUGAAGCGAAGGGAGAGAAGCCCAUUGGAAUCCUGUGGAACAUGAACAACAUCCGAUUGGACCCCAAAUCAGACAACCGAUACACUAUUAGAGAGGAGAUCCGUCCCGAUGGAGUUAUGUCGAGCCUUUCGAUCAAGCGAACCGAACGUAGUGAUUCUGCUUUGUUUACCUGUAUGGCUACCAACGCGUUCGGAAGUGACGAUGCCAGCAUCAACAUGAUUAUUCAGGAGGCACCCGAAAUGCCCUACGCCCUUAAAGUUCUUGACAAAUCCGGACGCACCGUGCAGUUGAGCUGGGCUAAACCAUACGAUGGACUCUCACCGUUGAAGCGAUACAUCAUCGAAUUCAAGCGAUCGCGGGGCACCUGGGAUAACGAUGUAGACCGCGUUAUUGUUCCUGGUCAUACCAACGAAGCUCAGGUCCAGAAACUCAGCCCCGCCACGACAUACAACAUUCGAAUUGUUGCCGAAAACGAAAUUGGAGUUUCAGACUCGUCGGAAGUUGUUACGAUUAUUACAGCCGAGGAAGCUCCUUCGGGUAAAACACAAGCGAUUAAGGUUGACCCUAUCAAUCAAACCACUCUGCGUGUUAGCUGGAAGGCUCCUCCACGUGCCGAAUGGAACGGUGACAUUCUUGGUUAUUAUGUCGGAUUCAAGCAGACAUCCCAGAACUCGUCCUACAUCUACGAAACGGUGAACUAUUCUUUGGAAGGUGGCGAAGGAAAGGAACACAGCUUGGAAAUCAACAACUUGAAGACAUACACUCAGUACUCGAUAGUGAUACAAGCGUUCAACAAGGUCGGUGCUGGUCCAAUGAGCGAAGAAGAGAAACAAUAUACUGCCGAAGGAACUCCGGAUCAACCUCCAAGCGACACAAGCUGCACAACACUUACCUCACAGACAAUUCGCGUAUCCUGGGUUAGCCCUCCACUAGAAUCGGCAAACGGCGUCAUCAAGGGAUACAAGGUUGUCUAUGCCCCAAGCGAACUGUGGAAUGAUGACAAAAAUAAAGACUACAAGAAAACUGCCUCCAGCGACACUGUUCUGCAUGGACUCAAAAAGUACACCAACUACACCAUGCAGGUUCUGGCCACUACAUCAGGAGGUGACGGCGUUCGCAGUGCCCCAAUCCAUUGUCAAACUGAACAGGAUGUUCCAGAAGCACCCACCGCUGUUAAGGCCCUAGUAAUGUCGGAAGGAUCCAUUCUUGUUUCCUGGCAACCACCAUCCCAACCUAACGGAGUCAUUCUGCAAUACACUGUGUACAUCAAGGGAGGUGAACAAGAUCCCAAGAGUCAUAAAGUGCCAUCCUACCAGAUCAGCUACGAAGCAUCCGGUUUGGAGAAAAAUCAACAAUACGAAUUUUGGGUUACCGCAAGCACAACGAUUGGUGAAGGUCAACAGUCCAAAACACUCUCCGCUAUGCCAAGUGACAAAGUUCCUGCUAAGAUUGCUUCAUUUGAUGAUACCUUCACGGCUACCUUCAAGGAAGACGCCAAACUCCCAUGUCUCGCUGUCGGAUCUCCCACUCCAGAUAUCACGUGGAAGAUCAAAGGUCAAGAAUUCGUCCCCAAUGAACGCAUUCGUCAACUCCCCGAAGGUUCUCUCUUUAUCAAGGAUGUCAUUCGACAAGAUGCAGGAGAUUACACUUGUACUGCGGAAAAUUCAAUCGCAAAGGACUCCAUCACGCAUCGAUUGAUCGUUCUCGCGCCGCCACAGUCCCCUCAAUUAACGUUGACUGCCACUACCACCGAUUCGUUGUCUGUGAAACUGAAGCCACAUGAAUCGGAUACCGCUCCUCUGCAGGGUUACACGUUGCACUACAAACCCGAAUUUGGCGAGUGGGAAACGAUUGACGUUGCUCUGGAAGCGCCGAAAUACACAAUCGAAAACCUGUACUGCGGAUCGAGAUAUCAGGUGUACUCUACAGGUUACAAUAGCAUCGGGGCUGGGGAACCAUCAGACAUCCUUAACACACGUACGAAGGGAUCGAAACCUUUGCUGCCGGAUCAAUCACGCUUCAUUGAAGUCUCCUCGAACUCGAUCACACUGCAUCUGCCGGCAUGGAAAGAUAGCGGCUGCCGAAUGUCUCACUUUGUUGUCGAACACAAAAAGAAGGACCAAAUCGAUUGGAAUCAAAUCUCGAACAAUGUGAAGCCCGGCGGUAACUUUGUUGUGCUCGACCUCGAACCUGCCACAUGGUACAACUUGCGUGUGACUGCCCACAACAAUGCCGGAUUCACUGUUGCCGAAUAUGAGUUUGCCACUCUCACCAUCACCGGAGGUACGAUCGCUCCAAAUCUUAACUCGAUCCAGCCGGGCGUCAUGUAUCCGCCAUGGAUUCCUCACUGGGUCGAUCUGAACGUUAUGGUACCCCUGAUCGCGACCAUAAUUGUAGUGGGCGUAGGUGUCCUAGUGAUUUGCGUAGCAAUCUCACGCCGACGAGACGACGAUCCACGCUGCGGACCCAAGGAUGUUUAUUACGAUGUUGUGUACAACCAAUCGAUGGGACCAGCUGGAGCCGCAACGAUGGACAAACGAAGACCCGAUAUCCGUGACGAACUGGGCUAUAUUGCACCACCGAACCGAAAACUUCCACCUGUACCCGGAUCCAACUACAAUACCUGCGACCGAGUUAAGCGAGGAACUGUGAUAAGCAAUAAUCCUACCAAUAAAUCCAAUCACUCAACAUGGGAUCCCCGACGGCCACUGUAUGAGGAACUGAAAAAUGUUGGUCCAACUCUACCGAGGAGAUGCAACCAUCCACCGGCUUGUUACGGCAUGGAGGAUGAGAUCUGCCCGUACGCCACCUUCCAUUUGCUUGGGUUCCGCGAAGAGAUGGACCCCACCAAGGCGAUGAACUUCCAGACCUUCCCCCAUCAGAACGGCAUGGGCGGUCCGGGCCACAUGGGAACGAUGGGAUCCAGCAUGGCCAUGCAGGUGCCGAAUCACGUGCACUCACGCUCCGGCUCACAGUCAAUGCCACGCCAGAACCGGUACGCACGCAAGAACAGCCAGGGAGGACAGAGCAGCAUCUACACGCCGGCACCCGAGUACGAUGAUCCCGCAAACUGCGCAGAGGAGGAUCAAUACAGACGGUACACUCGCAUCAACUCUCAGGGAGGAUCGCUGUACUGUGGACCUGGACCCGAAUACGAUGACCCGGCCAACUGCGCACCCGAGGAAGAUCAGUACGGAUCACAGUAUGGUGGCAACUACGGUACCCCGUAUGAGCACUACGGAUCACGAGGAUCGGUUGGGCGUCGCAGCAUUGGCUCUCCUGAACCUCCACCACCGCCACCACGCAAUCACGACACGAGCAACUCGUCAUUUAACGACUCCAAGGAAAGCAAUGAGAUUUCGGAGGCAGAGUGCGACCGAGAUAACGGACCCCGAGGCAAUUAUGGCGCAACGGCGAAAUCCAACGACGCUCUGAACGGAGAGGAAACAGAAAAAUUACUGAAAAGAAACGAAGUCAAACCCAAGUACGCCAAACAAGCAGCAGCCCCCGCCGGUUCAGGACUCACAGCCUACGAUACUAUGGCAGUGUAAUCUAUAAGCUGCUAAAACCGCUAAACGCUACAACUAGUAGUUCUACUAGAAAACAACCAAUUUUCUCCUUUUAAUCUGUAAGUUUUUGCUCCGACUGUGUAUCGCCGACCCUAUCAUCAUCAUAACACACACACACAUUGCCACUCAUUUUUGAAUCAUAACUAAACUAUAAGCACAAACAUGUGACUCCUCCGAAUCGAUAUCCUAUCAAGCAACUCCAUUGGGAGUAGCAAAAGAGUCCCGUCGCUUUUGCUGUGGGGAAAACGCCACCAGCUCAACAGCAGCAGCAGUGGUCAAAUCCAAACAGAUUAUUAGAUUUGUAUAAUUACUACGAAGCAACUCGUGUAUGUUUUUACUCAGUGUCUAUAUAUUGUAUAAGAUUUCAGUCUUCGUAUUAAGUGUAUGUUAACGUUUAAUUAUUUACCACUGUAUUCGAUCGAUUCAAAACAUUUUUUCGAGAUUUGAUCGCGCAUUACCUAGGCGCAGGUAGCACAGACAAAGGCAUAGAAAACCCUUUCUCAACCGAUAUGGAACAUAGAAAACCUAAUCAAAAUCCAUCAAUCGCAUCCAAAAUCACAUUUCUUCGCAGGCUAAACAAAAUAUGAUACAGAUAUAACAAAUUAGUCUUACACCUAACCAAUUUUACUAUCGACUAAAACUACGCGAAGUAAGAACCGCUGCAAAGCCAUUGCUGAGUGCGAGCUAUUUUCGAAGAGGAACCAGCCGCAAUCAAAUUUAUUAAAUUAUUACGAUGUAAUAAUGCCAAAAAAGAAGUGUUAGGAAUCAGGAUGCAGCCGCGACAGCAAUCGGCGGAGCGCGAAAAUAUACAUAUAAACGCAUAAUUCAGGCAAGAGAAUAUCUAGGUUAGAAUACGUAGGUGUGUAGCAAAGGUGAGGAGUGAUGAGAGCGAAUUUUGCGAGAAUGUGGAAUGAAACUAAACGUAAAAAAGUAAAAAUAACUAUCAAUAACGAAAUACAAAUGAGUGUAAUUCAAAAUUUGUUACUCAGCCAGGUGCGAGGUGGAUGAUUAUUUUCAGUCAUCCACUAUGCGAUGGAGAAUUGAAUACGAUAUUGAGAUGCCGAUCAUAAUGGAGGAUUGUCUCGAGAUUUGCAACCCAAUGACCUAAUCACAAACUAAUGUAAUGUAUAAGUUUUAUAUUUAUCUUUUACGAGAAAAGCUUUAAUUUGCUCCAAAUAAGCAUAUUCCUAGGUAAUAAGUUUUUUGAUUUGAUGUUUUUACUAAUAAGCACAAUUUACGCCAAUGCCCAAUAUGAUAGGCAGAGAUUACUAUACCAAAAAUCCAACAAUACAAGGAACCACUAGAUGAUUGCUCAACAUUUUCUACUACGAGUCUGUCCCUUGAAUUGGUAGUAAUCCCGCAACACAACAAAAAUACAUCAGUUUUGAGUGUGGCUACGAAAUUGAACCAUUUAAUUUGUCUAAGAAUUGAUAUUAGUUACUUUAUGGGUUGAAAAUUUCAGUCUUGAUUCAACGUUUUAACAUUAUGCAGUAUCGAUAUUAUAAUCCGCGUUUCUACCCCUUUCACAAAUAUCUGAAAAAAAAUGAAUUUCGAUCCCACAACCCUUUUAUAGACUCUUACGGUUGUGAAAAGGGGAGCUUGAAGCUAUCUUUGAACUGUAUCUCCCUACAACCCUAUAAUUCCCUUUUUCUCGAGACAUCCACCAAUCGCAGCUCGCACAAGUUUGGAUUAAGAAGGAAAGCAAAUAAAAAAAAAAAAUAUAUAUAUAUAUAUAUAUAAAUAAUAUCCAUUUUGCUAGGUAUGUUUACAUUAUACUAAUAACUACAAAAUACUGUAAACGAUUAUAGAAAUCCUUAUAACUAGUAACAUUUUUCAGAAAUUGUAUGAACAGAAGAAGAGACAAAAUUGGGACUCGGUUAUUUACAAAAUUAAAUAAAACUCACUUUUGUAAUUUAUUGAAUAUAGCCAAUUAAGUGAUAGGAACAAAUUUUUUAUACUGUGUGAUGAACUUUUUUGGCCCCACUAUUGAUUGGUUUGGUUUUUGGGUUCCUUGUAUAAAUUUUAAAACAUUUCGAGCUGCACUCUACUUUCUGUCAAAGGAUCUGAACAAAAAACCGUGAUUGAGAUAUUUGUUUGAAAAAAAAACGAAAGACUAUUUGGGAUUAAAACCAACUAUAAGAAUAGUAAAAUGAAAUUUGUAUCUUGAUUGUAAUGCAACUCAUCCAAUAUAACAUGCAAAAACAUACGAAACUCUAAGAAAGCAAAAUAUUGCAAUGUUUUUCCACCUAUGGAUAGUGAAGUUACUGGAUUAACUAUUACAAAUACAGUGUUUAUUAAGAGUAAAACGAAAAUAAUGAAAGAAAAAAAACAUAAAUUUAAACAAAUGUUUCGACAAAACAAGUGAACAAGAAAAUCAAAUGUUGGAAGGUUUUGGUAUUAAAUCAGCUAGUAAUACAAGAUGUACUCAGCAACAGAGCUUAUAAUUUACACCACCUCAUUGAUUGAAGAACCACCAGAGGAUUGAAAACCACAGAAAUAAUAAUUUCCUCACAGGUCCGCGGCUAUAUCUUCUCUUCGUUGUUUGCCUUAACCAACUACAACAAGAACGAACAACUGUGCGCUUUCUAGUCAAAAUUGCAGCUUUUUUUUUCUUAAGUCACAAUGUUUGGAACAAUGUUUUGCUUCAUGUGCCAUAAUAAUUAUAUGCUUUGUUGUUUUUCGAGAGCAACAUCAGCAUUCACACAAACACACUCGAAAAGCGUGAUUUCAAUUUGAAGAGAAAAAAAAACAAAGCAAUCGGAGACAACAUAGGUAUGUCAAUAUUUUGCUGACAAUGAAAUGAUGUUUAUAUAAAUUGCCGCCGGUCCAUGAAAAGAUAGCAUCACACACACAGUCAUAUAUAUACACAAUACAAACGAAAUUAAUCAAAACACAUGCAAUUGUGUACAAAAAAACUAGAGUGUUUUGUUCUCCUUGAUUGAUGAGAAAAUGCAUCUUAGCGUCCAUUUAGCAGGGGUUUGCUGUUCCAUCGCAUCCUCGAGUGGUGAAGGAUAUUCCUGAGCAAUCAUGAUGUGAUCCGAACGAAGACUAAUCUUAUGCGUUACGUUUCUUACUUCUACAGCAUCAUGUGUAGAAUUUUGUGAAGAUCUACGGACUUAAUUACACGAUUUACAAAUGAUUUGUUCGACUUGGUGGUUCACAGCUUGUCUGCUUCGGAAUAGUCAUCCCCAAUCAAGGAUCGUUCGACAUCAACCAUCGUUUUGUUACUAUUCAAAUUAGCCAAAAGUAAUGCUAGAGAACUUUCUUUAACUCUGUGGAACAAAAAGAGAAAAAAAUAAUCAAUUGCUCGACUAUAUAUGGCAUGUGAAACUAAUAAAACAAAAGCUAUAUAUGAAAACAAACACAAAAAAAACACAAAUAAUAAUCCACAAAUUCGAUGUAGUUGUAUUUGCUCGCUUUACUAUGGAACAAAACAAAAACAAGAUAAGUGAAAAUCUUUAACAAACGCAACUAGUAAUUACUAUCAGGUAAAAUUAUUAUCUUGAAUACAAGAUAUUGAUGAAGUGAAAAAAGCAACUAAAUUUGGAAGUGUGGGAUGCACGGGCGAAACUGAAUUAUUGAUAAAAACUUGAAAAGUACUAAUAAAAAAAAUGUAAAAUUCCAA